CUCCAUGUACAUCUUCGGAGGUUUUUCCGGCGUCCUUUUGAACGACGUGCUGGCGUUCACCCCCCCCUCCUGCCUGGCCUUUUCUACCCCAGCUUCGUGUGCCUCUGCUGGGCCGGGUCUUCGCUGUGAAUGGGUCAAAGAAAGCACAUGUGUCAUCUGGGAACCAAAAUCACCUGAAAUCGAUUUCCCCGCUCCUUUCUGCCCUGAAAAACCCGAGAGUACAGACGAGCAGUGUUUCCGGUUCUCGGACUGUGCGAGCUGCACCGCUAACACACGAAACUGCCAGUGGUGUGAAGACAGGAAGUGCCUCUCUGCAGCCAGCAACUGCACCGUGUCGGUGAAGGACUCGUCCAGCUGUAAGCGGCGGGAGGAGCAGGAAUGUUUCAGACUGUUGAACUGCAGGAGCUGCUCUCUGAACACUAACUGUCAGUGGGAGCAGCAGCAGCAGGAGUGUCAAGCUCUGCCUGGCCAGCUGUGUGGGGAGGGCUGGCAUCAUGUCGGGGAAGUCUGUCUGAGGAUCAACUCCAGCAGCGAGAGCUACGAUAACGCCCAGCACUACUGCAAAAACCUGGGAGGAAACAUCGCCUCUCUGCUCACGGACAAACAAGUCCAUUUUGUUCUGGAUGAGCUGCAAAAAUACCAGCUGCAAGACAAGACCUUAUCUCCCUGGGUGGGCUUGAGGAAGAUCAAUGUGUCGUACUGGGGCUGGGAGGACUCCUCUCCCUUCACUAACACCAGCCUGCGAUGGUUACCUGGAGAACCCAGCGACUCUGGUUUCUGUGCGUACCUGGAGAGGGAGGCGGGGCCUGGCCUGAGAGCCAAUCCCUGCACUGCUGCCACUGACGGACUGAUCUGUGAGAAACCUGCAGGGUCUCCUCAGACUCAGACCUCUCGCACCUGCAGGACGUCCUGCUUUCUGCGCUCCAGCUGCAGUAACUGCACCAGCCAGGCCAUGGAGUGCAUGUGGUGCAGCAGCACGCAGCGCUGCGUCGACUCCACCGCCUACACCGUCUCCUUCCCCUACGGACAGUGUCUGGAGUGGAAGACCCAGGACUGUGCAGCCCAGAACUGCUCGGGUGUCCGGACGUGUGCAGAGUGUCUGGAGAGGACAGAGUGUGGGUGGUGUGGAGACCCCAGUAACACGGGGAGGGGGGUCUGCAUGGAGGGGUCGUACAGGGGUCCUCUGAAGCCUGCCGUGCCCAGAGCAGGGCCUCGAGACCGGGAGAGGCUCAGAGACAGAGACAUGGUCCUGGAUCAGAGCCUGUGUUCCUCUGACAGAGGGUUCAACUGGGCCUUCAUUCAGUGUCCUGCGUGUCAGUGUAACGGCCACAGCAGGUGUGUGAACGGCAGUGUGUGUGAGCGCUGUGGGAACCUGACGGCCGGCCUUCACUGCCAGAGCUGCAUGCCGGGGUACUACGGAGACCCCACCAACGGGGGGAGGUGCAACG